AAAAAAGCUAGAGAAUUUGGUUUGGUCCUGAGACCAGAGCUGUGCCCAGGAUAAGGGCUUCAGGAGGAUUUUGGGUGCCCCUGUAAAUUUUAGGAGCAGUGAAAUGACCAUCUCCUGAAGGUUCCCUGAAGUGGCUGAUUGGAGAACUUGGAGCCGGUAGAGGGUCAGACAACUGGGCCCUAGCUGUGCUUUUGGAACGCUGGGAUCACAACCCGUUUUCCCUGAAGGAGGCCAAGCAAAGGGAAGCAACUCUAGCCUUUUGGCCCUUGACGUGGUGAACAGAAGGGGUUUCGAGGCUCGAGGGUGGGGGACCAGAGAGGAAGCUAAUGGCUCGGAGACGGGUGGGUCAAGAGCGUGGUCUUGCGCGCAGUGUCUACUUCAUGUGGACUUCUCACGCGGCUGGGUUCUUGCCCUCACCAAGAGCAGGGAAGUUACAGGGCAAAACCUCAGGCCCCGCCCAAGGAUGCACAUUGGGACCCAGCCCCCGCCCGGAUGCCACUCCCUAUUUGGAUAUCGAGGUGAGCUUGCCACUGCCCACUGCUUCCAAUCUUUAGUCUGAGUGGGAAACUUUAAAUAUGCAUAGGCAUGUCACGUUGCUUGACCCAGGGCCAGUCCAGAGGUAGGGAGGCAGUAUCUAUAUAAAUAUGUCAAAGGUAGACGGAGAGGUGUUAAGGGAGUGAAGGAGAGAAGGUGGUCGUCGGGGGGUCUGCAGCCCCGGGAAUCCCAACAGUGAUGGUGAGUUGUUUCUCUCCGCCUCUCUCACAGCUUUAUACCAGAAGCGCUGAUCGACUAAUCCGAGAGUGUAGGGGCAUUCCGGAGGCAAACGGCCCACCACGAAGGGGCUGGCACUUCUUGACUGCAGUGGGGGAGAUGUCCUGGGCCUCCAGCGUUGAGGGAGGAGCAUUCUCUAAGCGCUCAGGGUCACUGACAGUCUUGUUUAAAGAGCAGAAGCCUUGCCUGAAUUUAUUAAUCUCUGGGACUUUUCUAGACUGCAUAGGUGAGUUCUGCAUAGUUCUUGAGCCCUCGGCCCUCCCAGCCGUCCCCAACCCCCGCAGGCUUGCCAUGUUUUCUUGGGGGUUGAGCUGUUUAUCCAUGCUGGGGGCUACGGGCACCGCUGUCCUGUGUGCCGGUCUGCUGCUUGGCCUGGCCCAGCACCUGUGGACCCUCCGCUGGACGCUAAGCCGGGAUCGGGCCUCAGCCUUGCCCCUACCCAAGGGCUCCAUGGGCUGGCCAUUCUUCGGUGAAACGCUGCACUGGUUGGUUCAGGGCUCUCGUUUCCACAGUUCCCGCCGCGAACGCUACGGGACAGUGUUUAAGACGCACCUUCUGGGCAGGCCAGUGAUCCGUGUGAGCGGCGCGGAAAACGUGCGCACCAUCUUGCUGGGCGAGCACCGCCUGGUGCGUAGCCAGUGGCCGCAGAGUGCGCACAUUCUGCUAGGUUCACACACACUCCUCGGCGCGGUUGGCGAGCCCCAUCGGCAACGGCGUAAGGUCCUAGCGCGCGUGUUCAGCCGUCCGGCUCUGGAGCAAUUCGUGCCACGGCUGCAGGGGGCGCUGCGGCGAGAGGUGCGCUCCUGGUGCGCAGCCCGAGGACCGGUAGCUGUCUACGGGGCGGCCAAAGCGCUCAUCUUCCGCAUGGCCGCGCGCAUCCUCCUGGGUCUGCAGCUGGACGAAGCGCGAUGCACCGAGCUGGCCCAGACCUUUGAGCAGCUAGUGGAGAACCUCUUCUCACUGCCCCUGGACGUGCCUUUCAGUGGCCUGCGCAAGGGCAUCCGGGCCAGGGACCAGUUAUAUCAGCACUUGGAUGAGGCGAUUGCUCAGAAGCUUCAUAAGGAGCAAGCAGCAGAGCCAGGUGAUGCCCUGCACCUGAUCAUUAACAGCGCUAGGGAGCUGGGCCAUGAGCUCUCUGUGCAAGAGUUGAAGGAGUCAGCUGUGGAGCUCCUCUUCACGGCCUUCUUCACUACAGCCAGCGCCAGCACGUCGCUCAUUCUGCUGCUUCUGCAGCACCCGGCGGCCGUCGCCAAGAUCCAGCAGGAGCUGUCAGCGCAGGGGCUGGGGCACGCGUGCGGCUGCGCACCCCUGGCCACAGGGCCCCGACCCGACUGCAGCUGUGAGCCGGACCUUAGCCUGGCGGCCCUGGGCCGACUGCGCUACGUCGAUUGCGUAGUCAAGGAGGUGCUUCGCCUCCUACCACCUGUGUCCGGGGGCUACCGCACUGUGCUGCGAACCUUUGAGCUGGACGGCUACCAGAUCCCCAAAGGCUGGAGCGUGAUGUAUAGCAUCCGAGACACACACGAGACAGCUGCUGUGUACCGUAGCCCGCCCGAGGGCUUCGAUCCCGAGCGCUUUGGCGUGGAGAGUGAGGACGCGCGGGGCUCCUGCUUCCAUUACAUCCCAUUCGGCGGCGGCGCGCGCAGCUGCCUGGGCCAGAAGCUAGCACGGGUGAUGCUGAAACUGCUCGCCGUGGAACUGGUGCGCACAGCGCGCUGGGAACUGGCUACACCUGCCUUCCCGGUCAUGCAGACGGUGCCCAUCCUGCACCCAGUGGACGGGCUGCGACUCUUUUUUCAUCCUCUGGAGACUUUGGGUGCGGGGGAUGGGUUACACCUCUGACUCGCUGCUCCUUCUAGCCUUGGCUUGCCCAGUGGCUGCUGCGCGCCUCUGUGCGGUCCAUCUUUAGCGCCCUAGGCCCUCAUCUCACGCACAUUCACGGAGUCGUGGGUUUAACAGAUGCUCACGGGACGAUUCUGUGCUAGACUGGAAGGACUAGUAGACUAAACCACAGGCCCCACAUUGGAGAUUCGCUGAGUGAGGGAGGCGCGCUCCACACCACACCGCAGGCACUUGGCAAGAUCUGAAGGAGUCAGCGGUGGAAAGAAUCUAUCUCCACUAGAUGAAACCUGGCUUCACCUUCAAGUCCCGCAGGGAACUUGGAUAUGGGGUCCUGGCUGUGUGGCGGUGGUGAUUGGGUGUACUAUCAAACCAGAGGAGGAUUUGUAACUUUUUUUUUUUUUAAGUUAGCGGAUACCGGGAUGAGUCUGCGACGCUGGCCAAAAGGCACAGCAGAGGGCUCUCAGCAACUCUCAGGCUUAUUGAGCCUUGGAAGAAAUUAAGUACCCAGGUACAGCGGGUGCUGCUUCCAAGGCUCCAACUGGCUCAACAUCAGCAGAUUCUGCUAGAGACUUUUUUUCUCAAUAUAUGUUUUUAU